AUGGUCAGACACCGCGUUAUGUGUGGAAACGUUGAUGGAGCUAUUGGAGUUUCAACACACAAAUUUCCUACGGACGCCGCACGUAGACGUCUGUGGGUGCAAUUUGUGGAGACCAACGGUUUUGCUGUUCGUCCACACUCUGUGCUCUGUUCGAGGCAUUUCAUUCCACACGUCGACUUCUUCCCAGGGGCCAAUCGACGCCGUUUAAUCAGAACAGCCGUGCCGUCAAUAGCAGUCGAACAGCAGCAUGAGGCACCUGACGGUGAACAAGCAGUUCACGAAGAAAUUGACAACGCCGAUGAACAAGGCGGCGCGGAAAUCGUUGAGGUCCAAAUGGAUUUCAAUGAAGUGCAAAUCGUCGAGGACAAUGUGGAAAUUGUCGAGGUCCAGGUGGAAGAUGACAAUGUGGAAGUUGUCGAAGUCCAGAUGGAAGACGACAAUGUGGAAGUUGUCGAAGUCCAGAUUGAAGACGACAAUGUGGAAGUUGUCGAAGUCCAGAUUGAAGACGACAAUGUGGAAGUUGUCGAGUUCCAGAUGGAUGACGUCAUAGUCGUUGAUGUUCUGCCGGCCGACGCGCGGGCAGAACUUGAAUUCGCAGACAUCUUCGACCAUUUACCUCCGGACGUCGACGAAGAGUUCGAGCCGAUUCCACUGGGUGUUCCUGUGGCGGCAGAACGUUUGCCAAUGAGAGACCGUCCGGCAGGUGUUCAACACCCACUCCCGGACCAACACAACAUAGGUGCUUUGGACGCGGUUUGCCGAGAAUGCAACGCCCGUCACUUCCACUGCGAGCGCGCAGCUAGAGGUCACUUCUCCACGUGCUGUAACAACGGUCAAGUGACCGCCACAGGACAGCGCGUUCUGCUGCCAGCACCUGUGCGUUUAACUAAUUUGUUGAUUGAUGAUUCACAGGAAGGUACCAACUUUCGAAGGGAGACUCGCCGGUACAACAACUCACUGGCGUUCGCAGCGUUCUCCAGCGACCUCAACCCCAGACGGUUGCCGGGUCGGGGACCAAGCGUGUACACUGUCCACGGACAAGUGUACCGCAGGGUCAACAAUGACGUCGUCGGCAACGAACACAGGCCACCGAGCUACUGUGAGUUGUACUUUGUCAACUCCGCCGAGGCCAACCAGUCCCGAAUGCGACAACAGGAUGUCGCAGACCGUCUUUUGGCAGGUUUGCUUGCAGACCUGGACCAAAUGCUUCGGGAGAUCAACCCGUACGCUCAGGCUUUUAGGAACAUGAGCAGGUUGUGGUUGGAGGAACAAGAAAGAGCCAAUGCCAACCCUGAUUUGAUUGGACCGAGGUCGGUAAGUAUGCAUUUUGUUACAGAUGCAGCCAGGGACCAGCGACGAUACCAGCGACCGACCGCAAACGAAGUUGCGGCUGUGUUCGUUGGUGACGACGGACGACCACCGAGAGACCUAAAUCUGGUAAUUUUUGACAGGAAUCCCGUUGACCCCCGACAUCGGAUGCAAACCAUACCCGCGGAGCGGAUGGCACUUCAACGUGAUGCAAGAGGGUAA